AUGAUCAACUCCAAAAAAAAUACGACCUGCGAGGAUAUAGUUAUAGGCCGCCAAGAAACAAUAAAAGAGCUAGAACAACAAGAAAUUUUCCCAAACGACAUUGUAUUACCACCUUCAGAUAGAUCAAUUUCAAGAAUCCAUUGUAAAAUAAUAACAAAAGACGGUUUUAGAAUACCAAAGCCUUUCUCGUAUUAAUUCUGCAUUUUUUUAAAAGCCUUAAAACACUAUUAAUGCAACCUUCCUGAUUUCAUAAUAAAAGAAAUAUGGGAUUUUUGCAGAAAUAAGUACGCUUUUUACAUUGUAGACAUAGGAAGUGCUAUGGGAACUUAUGUAAAGAUAAAAUACGAAAAAUCUCAAAUUUUAGAAAAAGGACAAGCAUUUCUUAUUGGUGCAGACAGGCAAUUUUACAUAAUAGACGUAAAUCAUAAUAAUAGAGGAAAAGAUAGUAAUCAUUAAGAAGACUUCAUUAAUUUUUUACUUACAGAAAAAAAAGAAAAUAAUACAAUAAUACACGGUCUUAGUAAUGAAGAGUUCUAAUAAUUCGAAGUACUUUAUAAUUAAUUAAAUUAAGAAAAUAAUAAUAAUUAAGACACAUUAGGUCUUGAAUACAAAAUGAAUUUAAGGCCUUUUGUAAAGGUUAAAAUUAGUUAAAAUGGAAAUCCUCAUAUCUUUGUCUUAAAUGAAUAAAAUAUAUAGUAAGAAUUCAAAAUUGGAAGAUCUUAGGAGUGUGCUAUAUAAAUUAAUGUAAAUACUAUUUCGAGAAAAUAAUCCAGAAUCAUUUAUUAAGAUAAUAAAUGGUAAAUAAGAGAUGGUGAUUUUUAAAAAGAAAGCGCUAACGGAACAUGGGUUUCCUUAAGUGAUUACAGAGAAAAAAGUUAAGGAAAAUAAGAAAGUGAACCAAAAGAAAUUGAAGACGGAACUGAAAUUAAAGUAAGUGAUUCAAUAUUGAAAAUUGAAAUUCAUAAUAAUAAAAAAAAUUUAAAAUAAUAAAAUUCAUUUAUUACGGACUCGGAUAAAAAAUAUAUGGAUAUAGAAAAAUUAUUGAAAUGA